AACUCAUGUAACUACGCUAGAACACGUUGUAAGAGAUUGAAUAAAUCAUAGAUUUUCUACUAACCCUUUUGUGUUUUGAGUAACAAAAUCAAAGCUUGUUGGUAAAAAUGGAGGCUUUAUGUAAUAAGAGUGAAAAUUUUCAAAAGAGAAAAAAUGGGUCUUGUAGUUCUACUGGAUCGUGUUGUUCAGAUUUGACUGAACAAGCAAAAACAGCAAGAGGGUCUUCUUCAUUUCCUAUUAGGAAGGCAACUAUGUCCAAAUGCAGCAAAUCAGAUGAAAAAGAAAAUGAACCUGUUUCUCAAGUUGAUGAUAAAAAAGUUACUAGUAUCAGCUCAAAAAUUUCUGGAUCAGGAGGAGAUAUGAUGAAGGAAAGGUUUGCAAAGUUACUGCUUGGUGAAGAUAUGUCAGGGUCUGGAAAAGGAGUUAGCACUGCUUUGGCUAUCUCAAAUGCUAUUACUAAUCUUUGUGGAACUGUAUUUGGACAAUUAUGGAGACUGGAACCUGUACCUUGUGAAAAGAAAGAAAAGUGGCAGAGAGAAAUGGAUUGGCUUCUUUGUGUUGGUGAUCACAUUGUUGAGUUAAUGCCUUCUUGGCAAACAUAUCCAGAUGGUAGUAAGCAAGAGGUAAUGACUUGCAGACCAAGAUCAGACAUUUUUAUCAAUCUUCCAGCUCUGCGUAAACUCGACAAUAUGCUGCUUGAAAUUUUAGAUAGUUGCACUGCUAUGGAGUUUUGGUAUGUUGACCAAGGAAUCGUGGCACCAGAUGCAGAUGGAUCAGCCUCUUUUCGCAAAAGAAAUCAACGGCAAGAGGAGAAGUGGUGGCUCCCUGUACCCCGUGUUCCCCCUGCCGGUCUCAGUGAGAACUCAAGAAAGAAGUUGAAUCACACACGCGAAAGUGCUAGCCAAAUACUGAAAGCAGCCAUGUCUAUCAACAGCAUUGCUUUGGAUGAAAUGGAAGUUCCAGAGUCCUAUCUUGAUACCCUUCCCAAGAAUGGAAGAACGUGCUUGGGAGAUUUUAUUUAUCGAUACAUCACAUCCGACCAGUUCUCUCAAGAGUGCUUGCUUGAUUGCAUAGACAUCUCCAAUGAGCAUGUUGCACUUGAGAUUGCUAACCGUUUAGAAGCCGCAAUUUAUGUUUGGCGCCGGAGAUCUCACUCUAAACCACCACUUUAUCCUAGCCGUUCGACUACAAAGUCAUCCUGGGACAUUGUCAAGGACUUUAUGGUUGAUGGAGACAAAAGAGAAUUGCUUGCAGAGAGAGCUGAAAGUAUUCUAAUUUCAUUGAAGCAGCGUUUCCCGGGUUUAAGUCAAACUACAUUGGAUACUAGCAAGAUCCAAUGCAACAAGGAUGUUGGAAAAUCCAUACUAGAAAGCUACUCAAGAGUUUUGGAGAGUAUGGCAUUUAACAUAGUAGCUCGUAUAGAUGAUUUACUAUAUGUUGAUGACUUAACCAAACAUUCAGAUAGGUUUCCAUUGGCUCCAAUGGUUAACAUGGUUUCACAGAAAAAGGUUUCACAACAGUUACCAGUGUCUGUCUCAGACACUCAACACAAAGCAAAAUUUGGAACUCCUAGUUAUUCACCUGUGCCACUAAUUAGUCCUUCGAAGGGAGAGAUAACUCCUUUUAUCCACAACAAUAACAGCAACAUCAUUAAACCUCAACGUCGCGGUUUUGGUGUAAAAAGAGUGUUGUCAAAUUAUCUUGGAGGAGAGAUGAAAGCAGCAAAAAUAUUUAGCAACUCAAGUCAUGAGGUGAAUAGUUCAAAUCCAAGUUGCAAAAGAACAGAACAACUAGAGUGUAAGAAUGAAUCAUGUUCCAUGAAAAGCAAGACAAAAUGA